AUGUGGGCCGCAAUGUUCUCCCGGAAAAAGCCCGCCGCAGCUCCCGUAGAGGUGCGUGCCAUCGAGGUGACAGCGACAACGACAACGACAACCACCACCGCCGGGCCAGACCGAGCGGCGCCCGAGAACGAGAAGCCGGCACAGGGCAAAACAACCACCACCACCACUGCUACUACUACUAGCGAGCCGAGGGAGUCUACUGCUGCUACAACUACAUCUACAUCUACAUCUACACCUACACCUCCAACAACAACAUCAUCAGACAAGGACCCCAAAGUCCGCAUCAAAAGUGAGCCCACUAGCCGCGCCAGCACCCCCGCCUCAACCACUACACGCCCCAAGCGUCCCCGCACCUCCGACAGCCACCCCUCCACCACCUCCCCCCACCUCCGCAAACGCACCCGACACUCCCUCGGCCCCUCCACCAGCACCCGUUCCCCGCUCGUCCGCGCCCCCCGCAACCCCUCCACCACCACACCGCCAGCCGUCAAGUCCGAAUCCCGCACACCCCCCAAGCAGCUCCCCACGCCCGCAACAUCAAUCACCGAGUCCAUCACAACGCUCACCCUGCUUUCCCCCGCACCCGCAAAGCCAAAGCGCCGCUCGCGGCUCUCCCUCCCGGUCGAAGACGGCUCCUCCGUCGUCAGCACAACGUCCGAGCAGGAAACGGACGAGCUCCGCCGCGAGGGCUUCAGCAAUGACGAGGCGACACUGUUCCAGCGCAUCCGGCGGCGCGGGCUCGAGCCGCUGAUGCCCGCUCACUGGCAGGUGGAUUUCGCAACUAUGCCCGAUAAUCUAUUUCAGCAGGGCCCGGAUGAUUCGGCCGUCAUUGAGGGGAUAGCGCCGGAGGGCACGUUUGCGGCGACGGCGGCGUUCCAGGCGAUGGUUAACUUGGGGGCGGGAGUGAGGAGCAAGUUGGAGACGAGACGGGAGGUUGAGGGGCGCAUUUUGAGUGUGCUGAGGAGAUAUAUUUGCUGGGCGGUGGAGGAUGCGGCUUUGGAUAAUAAACACAUAGAGCCAAUGAUCGCAAUUUCGUGCUCGCAAGAACGGGGCGCUGAGCAUUGCGAGCAGAGGAUGGAUAAGAAACUCCACGACCUUGCCGCCGAAUACCGUGCCGAAGAAGCCCGACUAAUCGCCGCCGGUCACGACGUCGAUUCUGGAUUCCCCUCCACCGUGUACGGCAUGGCCGUUGCCGGGUGCGUCGUUGCGCUCAUCACCCUCGACGCCCGCAACCGCCAGGCGCCCACGCGGACGCUGCUCGUCGUGGACUUUUCAGAUGUCACGCUGGAUUUCUGGAAUGCCGUUGGGGUUGCGAUUUUUGUGAUUGCGGCAAGAGACGAUGAGGUGCUGCGGCUGCAGUGGUAUAACGAGGCGGGGAUGGAGAAGCCGAAGAGGAAGGAUGGUGCCAUGGCGUGGAUGGGUAGGGUAAAGAUUAAGAAGCUGAAUGAUGACGAUGAUGAGGAUAAGUAG